GAGGUAUCAGCUGCCGGCAGGAGGGGAGCGGCGAGGAGGAGCGGAAGAAGAGACAGCAGACCGACCAUUCCUUCACUGCUGCUGCUGCUGCUGCUGCUCCACUGCGAGACACCUGCACCAAAAACACGGUCCUGCUGAUCAUUUUCUCCCCAAGGCUGAAGGUGUCCAAUAUGUGUCGGAUCUAACCUCUCCGGAGAGGAACGAGGAAUACCAGACUCUCCCGGUGGAUGUGGACACCUAACCUGUGGACAUGGAAAAGAUAGUGAAUUUAUCCGUUUCGGUGCUGCUGGUUUUAUGGGGAUGCGCGCUCGGAGGCUCGCCCAGUGUUCAGAUCGGGGGACUUUUUCCGAGGGGUGCGGAUCAAGAGUACAGCGCGUUUCGGAUAGGAAUGGUUCAGUUUGGCACCUCGGAAUUCAGAUUGACGCCUCACAUUGACAAUCUGGAAGUGGCGAACAGUUUCGCUGUUACCAACUGCUUCUGUUCACAGUUCUCAAGAGGAGUCUACGCCAUUUUCGGAUUCUACGACAAGAAGUCUGUCAACACCAUCACGUCAUUUUGCGGGACGCUCCAUGUCUCCUUCAUCACCCCCAGCUUCCCUCUGGAUGGGAAUCAGCAGUUCAUCAUCCAGAUGCGACCUGAUAUCAAGGGGCCCCUCCUCAGCCUCAUCGAGUACUACAAGUGGGACAAGUUUGCCUACCUGUACGACAGUGAUCGAGGCCUGACGACACUGCAGGUUGUUCUGGACACAGCAGCAGAGAGGAAGUGGCAGGUGACAGCCAUCAACGUGGGGAACCUGAAGGACGAGAGGAAAGAUGAGGCCUACCGCUCGCUGUUCCAAGACCUGGAGAACAAGAAGGAGAGGAGGGUGAUCCUGGACUGUGAGCAGGACAAAGUGAAGGACAUCAUGGAGCAGGUCAUCACGAUUGGCAGACAUGUUAAAGGAUACCACUACAUCAUCGCCAAUCUGGGUUUCAUUGAUGGCGACCUAUCCAAAAUCCAGUACGGCGGUGCCAACGUGUCCGGCUUCCAGAUUGUCGACUUUGAUGAUCCCUUGGUUUCAAAGUUUGACCAGAGAUGGGAGGCCCUAGAGGAAAAGGAGUAUCCUGGUGCAGACAGUAAAAUAAGGUACACCUCAGCGUUGACCUACGACGCCGUGCAGGUGAUGACGGAGGCCUUUCGCUACCUGCACAAACAGCGCAUCGACUUCACCAGGAGGGCCAACAAUGGUGACUGCCUGGCCAACCCAGCCGUUCCCUGGGCUCAGGGAGUGGAGAUCGAGCGGGCGCUGAAACAGGUGCGCGUGGAAGGCCUGACGGGAAACAUCCAGUUCGAUCAACAUGGCAAACGGGUCAACUACUCAGUGAAUAUCAUGGAAUUAAAGAGUAACGGCCCAGUAAAGAUUGGAUACUGGAACGAAGUUGACAAAAUGGCCGUCACCAAAUCUGAUGUUUUCGCAAACGACACGACAGGAAUGGAAAACAAAACAGUUAUUGUCACCACCAUCUUGGAAGCUCCGUAUGUGAUGCUGAAAAAGAACGCCGACCUUUUCGUCGACAAUGAGCGCUACGAGGGUUACUGUGUAGAUCUGGCUGCGGAGAUAGCGAAGCACUGCGGCUUCAAAUAUCAACUGAAAAUAGUGGGGGAUGGGAAAUACGGAGCCAGAGACGCCGAGACCAAAAUCUGGAACGGGAUGGUUGGAGAGUUGGUGUACGGGAAAGCAGACAUCGCUGUGGCACCUCUGACCAUCACUUUGGUACGAGAGGAGGUGAUCGACUUCUCCAAACCCUUCAUGUCUCUGGGAAUCUCCAUCAUGAUAAAGAAGCCUCAGAAAUCCAAACCGGGAGUCUUCUCCUUCCUCGACCCGCUGGCCUACGAGAUCUGGAUGUGUAUCGUGUUUGCCUACAUCGGUGUGAGCGUGGUUCUGUUCCUCGUCAGCCGCUUCAGCCCGUAUGAGUGGCACACUGAGGAGUAUGAGGACGGGCAGAUCCAGACCAACGAGUCGACUAACGAGUUUGGCAUAUUCAACAGCCUGUGGUUCUCCCUCGGAGCCUUCAUGCGCCAAGGCUGUGACAUCUCACCCAGGUCUCUGUCUGGGCGGAUUGUCGGUGGCGUCUGGUGGUUCUUCACUUUGAUCAUCAUCUCGUCCUACACGGCAAAUCUGGCUGCUUUCCUGACAGUCGAGAGGAUGGUCUCUCCCAUUGAAAGUGCAGAAGACCUGGCUAAACAGACUGAGAUAGCGUACGGGACUCUGGACUCUGGCUCCACUAAAGAGUUCUUUAGGCGCUCAAAAAUUGCCCUCUUUGACAAAAUGUGGACAUACAUGCGCAGUGCAGAGCCCUCUGUGUUUGUGAAAACCACAGCCGAGGGGGUUCUGAGGGUCCGCAAGUCUAAGGGGAAGUACGCCUACUUGCUGGAGUCCACCAUGAACGAGUACAUCGAGCAGCGAAAGCCCUGCGACACCAUGAAGGUGGGAGGCAACCUGGACUCCAAAGGCUACGGGAUCGCCACGCCGAAAGGAUCCUCAUUAAGAAAUGCGGUUAACCUCGCAGUACUAAAACUGAAUGAGCAAGGCCUGUUGGACAAAUUGAAAAACAAAUGGUGGUACGACAAAGGAGAGUGCGGCAGCGGGGGAGGUGAUUCCAAGGAGAAGACGAGCGCCCUCAGCCUGAGCAACGUGGCUGGGGUCUUCUACAUUCUGGUCGGAGGACUCGGUUUGGCCAUGCUGGUGGCCUUGAUUGAGUUCUGUUACAAGUCCCGAGCCGAGGCGAAACGAAUGAAGGUGGCAAAGAAUGCACAGAAUAUUAACCCAACUUCCUCGCAGAAUUCACAGAAUUUUGCAACUUAUAAGGAAGGUUACAACAUGACCUUUGGGGACGCCAUGAGGAAUAAAGCAAGACUUUCCGUCACUGGGAGUACUGGGGAGAAUGGUCGGGUGAUGACUCCAGAGUUUCCUAAAGCUGUCCACGCUGUCCCUUACGUGAGACCUGACAUGGGACUAAACGUCAGCCUGACAGAUCUGUCCUGAUCAAUGAGAAACUUCUGAGUGCCUUACAAUGGUUUCAAUAGAGCGAUUUCUUUUUUUUUUUUUUUUUUUUCGUGUCCUCCCCUCCCUUCUUCUUCUCUUCCGGCGCUUUUUCUUCUGUCUCUGUCUGGUGAAAAAGGAAAAGGUAGGAGAUGGAGGCUUCAUUCUGUCCCACACAAAGACUGGUAUUGUUGCUCUCUGUCUCUAUUUCUCACCGUGUAAAUCGCCUCCCUCCCUGGGUGGAAUUACGUCCCGGAAUACAAAAGGGAGGAUCUUUUUUUCUAAACUGAUGACACCAUGCUUUCCUAUCUAUCUGUCUGGACUGGACUGAGAUGGAAACGAGGGCUUGAUUGACGGCAACGGCUGCUUCUGGGAGUCAGAGAUUCAGUCAUCUUUACUGUGUGUGUGUGUGUGUGUGUGUGUGUGUGUGUGUGUGUGUGUGUGCGUGGGUGCGUGUGCGCGUCAGGGUGAAGAUGUCGUCAAAAAACACACUGUUUCUGUAGCCACCACCGCCAAACAGGAUUUUCAAGCACACUUGAUAUCAUCUGCAUUAAGAUGUGAAAUUGUCCUUUUUUUCUAAGAAAAUCUAAGAAAACGGUUUAUUGCAAAAAAAAAAUAUUUUUAUGUAUUUUCACAAAAUAGCUUUUAAAUGAACUUGCUUACAUACUGGUUGGAUAUAAACAUCUUAAUGUGUGAUAAAGAAAGAAAAAAUACUAAACAGCUUCUAGUUCCAUAUUUUUAAAGCCAAAUACAUUCAGUAUGGGGGUGAGGUGUUGAAAUCAUGUAAUUAAUUCCUAUUCUAAACUUUCCUGUAUAUUUUAUUCUUUAACAUUUGGUGUUGAUAUGAAAUAUAUGUCAAUGCUUGACAUUUGGAAUCAAUCCUUCUAUGUUUUCUCUUGUUGGAGUCGGUGCAGCGAUCUUUGCUUUCUACUUCCGUCUCUUCGUUUGCUUCAGUGCUUCUGUUGUUUGUAUUUUUUCUGACGAGGACCGGGGGGGGAGGGGCGGUGGGGGG